AUUGGUUGACUGUACGCUAUUCGGGUUACUAGUGCAGAAGUAAAAUGUAAGGUAAAAGUCGCUCCAACAGUUUGCUUAAGAAUAGUUAAAUAAUAUUGAAAAAUAAGUAUUAAAACGUGUUCGCAAUGUGAUGCCAAGUGCAAUAGAUAAUGUGUGUUUUUCGAGAAGAGCUAAAGGAGAAAUAAAUUGUAUUUGAGAGUAACAGAGUACGCACACACGCUUACACGCUUCACACACGUACAUACGGAUAGUUUUAAGCAGAAAGUGGGUGGCGAAGGCAUCAAUAAUCGCAAUAACGACGCAAAGGCUGAUCAGAAUAUAAUGAGUGGUCGAGGCAGCCGGAAGCGUGGUCGCCCGCCAAAGACGCCAAACGAGCGCUCAUCGGGACGCUUCAACUAUCAUCUGCUCAAGAAGCCAAAAUAUCUCAGUGAGGGCAAAUCCCAGCCAAGCACUCCAUCGGCGUCACGCUGCAUCUCACCACAGAGCGAUGAAUGCAGUCGCGGCAGCCACAACAAUCGCAGCGCGCGCGGCAGCGGCUCGAAACGGGGCCGUGGACGGAAAUCAAAUGCCCAUGCUAACUCCAGUAGUAACAAUUAUUCAGGAAGAAAAGGUUUCGAGUCGGAGUAUCAUUAUGGGUCAGAUUUCGGUGACUCGGAUGAGGAGAAGACCGAUAAUGAAGACGAUUUGCUACUUACGCCCAGCGAUGAUGAGAGCCUAGACGCGGCCAAUGAGAGUGAGUCCGAGUUUUCAGUCUGCAGUUUUACACAGAACGGCUUGGGGCGACCGCCGCGUCCGCCCAGCCCGGAGCCAAUUUGGCUACAGGAAGGACGAGAGUAUCCGGCACUCGAAUUGCCCGAUUCGUCCGAAGAUUUAUUUAUAGACAAUGCGCACGUUUUGCGUGCUGUAGGUAUUUAUGAAGUAUUGAGACGCUUUCGUCACUUGGUACGGCUGUCGCCCUUCCGUUUGGAGGACUUUUGUGCCGCACUGGUCUGUGAGGAGCAGAGUGCCCUGCUCACGGACAUUCAUAUAAUGCUCCUGAAGGCCAUAUUGCGCGAGGAGGAUGUACAGGGCACUCAUUUUGGGCCGCUCGAUCAAAAGGACACCGUCAACAUAAGUCUCUACCUGAUCGAUGCCAUCACAUGGCCAGAAGUGCUGCGCAGCUAUGUGGAGAGUGACAGAGAAUUCGAUCGUAAUGUUUACAAAAUACUCAGCACUGGCGAAUACCCUUACACAGGCGUCGAUCAUCGUCUGGUUGUGCUGCAAUUUCUGGCUGAUCAGUUUCUCACUGCCAACUCGGUGCGCGACGUGAUGGUGCAGGAGGGUCCCAUCCAUUAUGAUGAUCAUUGUCGUGUCUGUCAUCGCCUCGGCGAUUUGUUAUGCUGCGAGACAUGCCCGGCUGUCUAUCACCUGGAGUGUGUCGAUCCGCCCAUGAACGAUGUACCUACCGAGGACUGGCAGUGCGGUCUAUGUCGCUCCCACAAAGUCUCUGGCGUAGUCGACUGUGUUCUGCCGCAAGAGAAACAGGGCGUGCUCAUACGGCACGAUAGUCUCGGCGUGGAUCGACACGGUCGCAAGUACUGGUUUAUUGCGCGACGUAUAUUUGUUGAGGAUCAGAUUGACGGCGUCACUUGCUGGUACUAUAGUACAACAUCAAAAUUGGAAUUGCUGCUGAAGCGUUUAGAUGCCACAGAGCUAGAGUCUCGACUUGUUGCCCAGCUGACGGAGCGACAGGAGGAAAUUGAGCGUCAGAUGAAGUUAACAGAGUCGCUCACCAACGAGCACAAACAUAACAAGCGCACCUUAUUAGAUCUAGAGAACGAGGCUACACAGGAACUACUCGAAAAGGAGUCAUCCAAUAUAUCGGCCGAUGAGAAUAACGAUCAGGCGGGUGAAACCGUCAAGAAAGCCGAUGAUAAUAAGAUGAUAACGCGUCAAAAGACAAAUCAAUUGAACAACGGCACACUCUACUUCAAACUGGGCAUGGAGCAGGGCUUUAAGAACUAUGUCAACCAGUACGCCACCAAUCCCAUAGCACUGAACAAGCCGCAACGAAAUGAGGAGCGCGACAAGCGGCGUCAUCUCUCCCACAAAUUUUCACUGACAACGGCUUCGGAUUUCAAAUGGAUUGGCAUCACAAUGGGCACAUGCGAUAAUAUUAUCACCACAUUGCGUCAGACGCUGCUUAACUUUGAGUCAAAUAUAGCUGCGCCCUUCAUGAACAUCAACUGGCAGAGCAACAAGAAAUUGUGGAAUAAUGCCGUAAUGAAUGCGAAACGGGCAACAGAUUUUGCUGCUGUUCUGUUGCUGUUUCAGUCAUCGCUGAAGAGCGUCGUCUUUGCCAAUGUGUGGCACGAGCAGCUGGGGCACAUAUAUCUCCAGCGGAUCACGAGUAGCGAGCGUGAGGAGCGCAAGAAGCAAGAGAAACGUGAAAAGCGCGAACGUGACGACGAGGAGGAGCGCAAUCGCCUCGCAUUUAAUUACAUCAAAUACUCGCUGGGCCUGAAGCAUCAGGUGUGGAAGCAGAAAGGCGAGGAGUAUCGCGUUCACGGCCAAUGGGGUUGGCUCUGGCUGUCCAGCAGUCGGCGGUGCGGCGUCCGUGUGCGACGCACCCGUGCUCAGCCCUUGACCCACAAUCGCGUCUAUGUACACUAUACGAUGGGUGAGGAUAAGAAUGUCAACGAGGUGAUCCUCGUUGAUCCGCGAACGCAGCGCUUCAUUCAGCAAUGUAAGGCAGUGCAUGAUGCGGGCCAGGUGUGUCAUUAUCUGCCCGAACAGUACACCCACAUCGAUGUGGUGGAGGAUGUUGGGGAGCGGGUGAAUGGUCUAAUUGAUGUGAGCAAGGCAUUGACUGAGCCCGGACGAAUCUAUUAUCCGAAGGUGGCUCGGAAAUGUCGCCUCGAUGAUUUGCUGGAGCGGCGCACCAAAUUGGCCGAGGUCGAGAAACAAAUUGCAAUCAAAUCCGAUGUGGAAGGUGAUAUCAAACCACUUUUGGUGACAACAUCCACAGCAAAUGGAGCAGGCAGCCAGAAGCAAACGUAUCUCGAGAAACGUCUGAUGCGCCUCACUGAAUCCUCGGGCAGGAGUAUUCCAUCCAACGUCAACUUAGAUCUCGUCAACUCGCUGGCCAAGCAAAUACAGACUGUUCGGUUGCAGUUCAGCCAGCUGAAUCGCUACGCCAAGACCUUCCGUUGCUAUACGAAGGAGUGCAAUACGAACUCGAAUGCCGUUUCGCAGAUUACUCAGAACACUUGUUACUCCCCUCUCUGCCUGCAGAAGGCGCGGGCAAAGAAAGAGUUGUUGUUGCUACUGCGCAAGGCACACACGGCCGGCAAUGGCUCCAAGGAGACGGUCGCCGCGAUUUUGGGUGCCGUGAAAAAGCCGUCCAUACUCGAACAGAAGCUAACAGAGGGCAAAAAGGAAUCGGUCCAAUUGGCCAUCGAUGAGUCCGACGAUCACAAAUUGCAUGAAAACGAAGCGCCGCUUGACCUGCUACAAGACUGGGAGCAGGCUCGGACGCAUGCAGUUCCCUUCACUGACCAGUUGAUCACUGGCUGCUUACAGAUCGAGCCCGAGGACACGGAAAAGGUGCAAGUCAAGGAGGAGCAGAAUGCAGCUAGCAGUCUGAAUCCAGAUUCAAAUACUCAAGACUCCGACAAAAUGGACUACAUCGAGAAUAUGGACGUGUGCAGCAAUGUGGAAAUAGAGAGCACAGAGGAUUCAAUGACUGUGGCGGCAAGCUCGACGGCAAAUAUGGACGAUAUCGAUAUGUUUCCGGGCCUGCGGCGGAAGCGCACAGUCAAGCCCAAGAAGGCGUAUAUUGGCACCAAAGAUGUUUUGGAUCAGACUUUGGACAAAGAUAUACCGCUCAACAAACAAAACCGUAGAUUCCCCAUUACCCAACGGCCGGUUAAGCGCGAGGAUGUCACCAAAUAUGAACGGGAAUAUUUCGAGAAUGGCACUGAGCGCGUUUACUCCGCCACUUCGACACGGGGUCGCGUCUAUCUGUUGCGCGAUGAGUCCAAGUUGUAUGAGCAGUCUGUGAAGGCGGAUGAUAAGACAACAGUUGUCAAGAAGCCAACCUAUGCGCGCUAUCCGCUCAUUUCCAAUUUCCUGACCCACAAGCAGAAGCGCAGCCUCCUGGUGCUGCCACGCUACGAAUUGCUCAAGCUGUCGCGUCUGGGCGGUAAGGCACCGGCCAGUGGCUUCCAUCAUGCUGCCAAAAACAACUCCAUUUGGCAGUAUCAGUGCUCUAGGCCUCUGUUCCGCACAUGCUGGUCAUAUCGUACAUCCAAUGCGACGACUUUGUCGUGCAUAGCAUUGCAGCUAAGAAUCUUGUGGUCUUGCCUACGAUGGGAUGACAUGAUUGCCAAGCCGCCAUCCGCGGAUGGCAAGCAUCAGGUCACAACUGAGAAUGAAAUCGUCACACUGGAAUUGCUGAAAUUGCGCCAUGCCGGCCGCUACGGCGAGAAGACAAGCUAUCUGCGACGCAAGGUUGUCAUACCUUUGGAGAUGCCAAAGACUAUUCGAGAGGUAACAUCAAUACGUUCGGGUCUGCGUAAGCGCAAGCGUGCCGAAUCGCCACAGCCGACAGAGCCGCAAAUAAGUGAGGAAUGGGUGGAUGAGGAUAAGUUGGAGCUGUGGGAAAUCAAGUUUAUUGGCGAGAAGCAGGAGAAGGCUCGCCUGGCCACGGUGACGCGGUCGGUGACAUCACGGCAACUGGAGUCAAGCAAUGGCUCUGGCUUGAGUGCCUCAACAGUGGGCAGUCCAGGCGGUGCACGUGUUCUGCUGGCUCCAAAGUCUGGCGAGGAUGUCAAGGAUAAAAUGGAACAGCAGUUGAAGCUUCAACGUGCAGCGCAUCAGCAGCGUAAAGUAAUUGGCGUGAAUGAAGUGACACGUUCGUCAACCCCUGUUAAAGGACAAGUGAUUGGCAGUAGACGUGUAAUAGUCAAGAAUCCGGAUGGCACAACGCGCAUCAUACAACAGGCAACCACACAAUUGGCGCGCAGUUCAGCAUCGGCCGCCUCGUCGUCAGCGAGUCCCUCGCCCUCUGCGAAUGCUUCACAGGCAAAUGCCACGUCCACGACGCCCGCUUCCACGCCACACAAAGUACAAAUCAUACGUGGACCCGAUGGCAAAGUAAGCGUGCGAGGCCUCAAUCCGGGGCAGCAGCUGGUCCAAAUGCCAGAUGGAAAAUUGCAUGUUCUAACGACAACAACAUCAAAUACAGUGACGUCAAGUGUCAAGGGUAAACUGCCAAUUAAAACAUUGACAGCGCCGGUUGCAUCGCAUACGUUGCCCACAGCGACGGGCGCUGGCAAUGCCGCAUCUCCAGUGAUCAAACAAAUUGCAGUGAAACAUGUUAACAUUGGCAAGUCACCGGGUGCGCAAAGCCUAGCAGCGUCUCAGCGUGUUACCCUGCCUUUAGCGCAAGUCAAAAAUAAAUUACUGCUUGCGCAGCAACAACAACAACAACAACAACAGCAGCAACAACAGCAACAACAACAGCAGCAGCAACAACAACAGCAGCAAACUGUACAAGCCAGCACAGCCUCGCCAAUGGUUCAGAAACUUGUGCCGAAAGUGGUAACAACUGCUUCGCCGAAUCAGCAACUGUUUGUUCAGCCCGGCUCAAAGUUGCUGGUAACACAAGGCUCACAGGGACAAAAGGUUAUCAUAUCUGCAUCGCCCAGCCAACAGCAGCAACAACAACAACAAGGCACUGCAACAGUGCAGCAACAGCAAAUUGUUCAAGCACAAACCAUUCAGCAGCACAUCCAGCAGCAGGCGCCGCCACAGCAGCAACAGCAGCAAAUUGUGGUUAAUCAGCAGAUGGCCAGUCAGCCCACGCAAAAGGUGAUACAGCAAAUUGUCAACACGAGCAACGUGCAGCAGCAAAUUGUUGUGGGUGGGCAGCGCAUAAUAUUGAGUCCGGGACAAACGAUCGUUACACAACGUAAUGUGCCGCAAAGUCAAGCUCUGCAAAUGGUGCAGCAACAAAUACAAACGCAACAACAACAACAACAGCAGCAGCAGCAGCAGCAACACAUCGUGCAACCACAGCAACAAUAUGUGGUGCAAGCAAAUCAAACUGUUCAAGCGACACCCACAACGCAAACCAAAUUGGUUAAGCAGGUGGUGGUGCAACAGCAGCAGCCGCAGCAACAACAACAACAACACCAGCAGCAGCAGCAUCAACAAGCCAUCGAAGAGAAACCACAGAGUAGCACCACAGAGAGCACUGAGGCAACCACACAGCAAGUGCUUGUGCCCAACUCAACGUUGGCUCAACAAUUGGCGCAGGGCAAAUUGCAAGUGGCUACGAUUAAUGGACAGCAAGUCAUUGUGAAGCCAUUGGGCAACAAUCAGGCUCAAAUCGUGGCUCACAUCAAGCAUCAGGGCGAUGGCAAUGCCCAUAUUGUGACCAACAAUGCGACGCCUGCCGUAGCCCAACCAAGCCCACAAAACUCACCCGUUAAACAGACGCAUCAGCAGCAGCAGCAACAGCAAACAGUUGUGCAACAAACUCCACAACAAGUCGUCAUACAGCAACAACAGCAAGUACAACCGCAACCACAACAACAACAGCAGCAACAACAUAUUGUGCAGCAAGUGGUGCAGCAGGCGCCAGCACAACAGCCUUUGAGUGUUGAGGAGAGUCUCCUGCAGAAUCAGCCGCCGGGCACAGUGAUCAAAUGUGUGACGGCGCAAGUAUUGCAAACAGAGCACGGACCGCGCAUUGUGCUGCAAGGACUUGUGGGCAAUGACUUUACGGCACAACAACUGCAGCUGGUGCAAGCGCAGGUGAAGCAACAGUUAAUGAAAGCCCAAGAAUCUAAUGGCAAGCUAGGCGUUUUAGGCCCCACAAAAAUCUAUCUGGCUGUGCAGCCAGAAACAACGGCACAAUCGUCACAGCCGCCGCCUCUAACGCCCGUUCAUCAAGCGGCGACCCAUCAACAAACCAACGAUAACAACACCAGCAUCAACAGCAACAACAACAACAACAACGACGCCGCUGCCACCGCCACCGCGCCUACAGCUACUAAUGAGGCAAUCGCCCCAACCACCAACGACAGUGGUGCAGCAGCAAACAGCACAGGUGCCGUUGGCAAUGGCAUCGGCAUCGGCCUCGACUCCUCCACUUGCCUUACCCAAGCUGAUAAGCAUAAUAGCAUCAACACAACAACAGCAACAACAUCAACGACCAGUAACAGCAACAACAACAACAACAACAACAACAACGCAGUUGGAACAACUACUACGGAGGAGAACGUAGACUAUGCCGUAGUGGCAUCAUCGGGUGAUCUCUGUGCCACAUCGUCGGAGCGAACCGAAGAUUUUGUCGUCACCAGCGGCUAUAUACAAGAAACUAUCACAAAUGUACUCAAUCAGGGCAAUCUGAGUCCCGAGCUGAAAGAGAAAUUGGUUAAUAUGCGUACGAAGCAGGAGCAGCAAAACUCUCAGAACUUGGGCGAGCGGACGCCAGCAGCAAAUAAAUCGAAUUCGACAAAUGAGUCUGCCAGCACCUCGUCUAGUCGACGACGCACUGCCUCGCGGCACAACAAUAACGACGAUGAUGAAUGGAAGGUGCGUACGCCAUCCAAACGUCAUCAUCCCUUGCCCGCGACCAGCCAGAACAACAAUAGCACAGUGAAGAGCAGUCGUAAGUCAGUGGCACCACUGGAGGAUGCCGCUAACCUGAGUGAACCGAAGCAAACACAACUGGAACGCCAUAAAGAUCUGCUCAAGAAGAGCAUCCUGCGGAAGCGUUCGCUGCUGGAGCGCAAUCUGCAAAAUGAGAUCCGUGAGGAAGUCGAGGCAAAGACCAAUCGACAUGUGCGUGCAAUGAGCGCAACAACGCCAGAGAAACCCACAUCCGACAAUGAGCGUACGUCAGUGUUCGCUGAACGUCUGAUGGAUCAGAAUACGGAGCACAAACGUCACUCGAAGCCUUCGAUUGCGCGCAGUCUUGGCGCAGAGCCAUCAACGUUGCACAGCCGGCACAGUGUGGGCCGACCCAAGAAGAUGGCACGCAAGAAGGAGAAGCUAUAUUGCAUAUGCCGCAAGCCCUAUGAUGACACCAAAUUCUAUGUCGGUUGCGAUCUGUGCAGCAAUUGGUUCCAUGGUGAUUGCGUCAAUAUCACGGAGGAGGCGUCCAAAAAGCUAACGGAAUUCAUUUGCACCGACUGCCAGAAGGCGCGUGAGACGCAGCAACUGUACUGCAGCUGUCGGCAGCCUUACGAUGAAUCACAAUUUUAUAUUUGCUGUGAUAAGUGCCAGGACUGGUUCCAUGGCCGUUGCGUUGGCAUCGUUCAAAGCGAGGCGGAGUAUAUUGACGAGUAUGUCUGCCCGGAGUGCCAGCGUAAUUCGGAUGCGAAUAUCGCAGAUAUAAAGAGCCUAACGCAGAGCGAGGUUAUUGAACUCAAAAGCCUAAUCAAGCAAAUACAGUCCCACAAAAGUGCCUGGCCAUUUAUGGAACCGGUUGAUCCGGAAGAGGCACCGGACUAUUACAAAGUGAUUAAGGAGCCCAUGGAUCUCAAGCAGAUGGAAACGAAACUCGAAUCAAACACCUAUAGUAAACUCGCCGAGUUCAUUGGCGAUAUGACGAAAAUCUUUGAUAACUGCCGCUAUUAUAAUCCCAAGGAGUCCUCGUUCUACAAGUGCGCCGAGGCACUUGAGUCGUUCUUUGUACAAAAAAUCAAGAGUUUUCGAGAAAAUGUUGUUGGUCAAGGCAAUUAAAAGUCAUUUGAUUGUUCAAACAAUUGCUACAAAGGUUACAAUGGAUUAAGUUGGGUUUAACACAACCAAAAGCAAACACAAAAAAAAAAAAAAAAAUUAUGAUUUUAGGUAAAAAUAUAAUAAUAAAUACUUUUACUAAAAUUAAAUUAAAAUAUACGUAGAGGUUAGCCUGCGCUAAUAUACACAUUUAAUUUUAAAUACAUAUAUAUAGUAAUAUAUAUAUAUACCGUAUAUAAGUAUAAAAGUAACUGAAGCUAAUCUAUAAGUAGCUGUAUUCUUUUAUCAUCUAUAAAUUUAAUAUGAAUUUCGUAAUUAAUUUCAAGUACUUUAAGAGUUGAAUUUUAUGUGAAGAACCAGAGCAGCAAUCUACGUAGUUUUACCUAAUGUACAGCCAAAUAUGAGAUGUAAAUAAAUAAUAAACAUACACACACACACACA